AUGGCUCACUUCAUAGACCUAAACAGUCUCACCAACACUUUACCGUCGAUUCCGAAACUACCCGAGAGUCGGAGAACAGGAAAACCCAGUGGGUUUGUUUGCAGGAAAACCGGAGAAUGCCAAGAACCGGAUUCGGUACAGAUCACAAGACGGAUGGCAUUGGGAUUUGCUGUUUCAACAGGUCUAAGCGGAUUUUUCGGUGAAAAUAAUGUCUCUUUGGCAAAAGACAAUGGGUUUUGGAUCGAUGGCCCUCUUCCAAUUCCUCCUAUUUACAACAAUAUCACGAACGAGCAGACGGGAACGAGAUCGUUCUUGAAGAUAGGAGUUUAUGUGGCUGAUAUAGGAACGAAAGGUCGAAUGUAUAGAGUUAAAAAGAAUGCUUUUGAUCUCUUAGCAAUGGAGGAUUUGAUUGGACCAGAUACGUUAAACUAUGUUAAAAAGUACUUGAGACUUAAGUCCACAUUUUUGUUUUACGAUUUCGACAAUCUCAUCUCUGCCGCUGCCUCUCAAGACAAGCAGCCUCUCACUGACUUAGCCAACAGAUUGUUCGACAACUUUGAAAAGCUUGAAGAGGCAGCUAAGACGAAGAACUUAGCCGAGACAGAAACGUGUUAUAAAGAUACAAAGAUUCUUCUUCAAGAGGUUAUGACGAGAAUGGCGUGA